GUGAGGUGGUUCUGGCUACAGGCAGUAAGGGGCUGGGGUACAAGGCUGUGGAGAGUCAGGGCAGAGAUAAUGUCCUGACUUCUGCCUGCCUUCACUCUCAGCGGGGGCCUACCACUUUACCAUCAUGGGUAGUGCCUUCCACUGGGAGGCCCGGCGCCGACAGAUGGCUUUAGAUCGGAGGAGGUGGCUGCAGACCCAACAGCAACAAGAGCAGGAACUAAAGAAGUGCCAACAGAAAGAACCGAACCCCGAGAAAAACACUCAGCCACAUCAAUCCAAGGAAACUGGGCCACCACUUCUGCAAACACAGCAGCCAUCUACACAACAGCCACUGUCGCAGUCCCAGGUACAACCACCACCACCUGAGCCGUCACAACAACGUGAGCCAGACCUUUCUGCUCAGUGUGCCUUCAAAUACCAUCUCCAGAAGGAUUCCCAAGGGCAAGGACCCCAGCUCGGCCUUGGAAACUUCCAGAUGAGUGACUUGUGCUUUGUUUCCUCAUCAGGUCCCCUGAACCCUUGCCAACCUGGUUCCAGCAAAUACACACGACUCACGUCAACUAAUUAUAUCCAGCAAUGGUGA